AAAAUGUACACAUCAUGGAUUGGGAAGAGUUCAGAGAUAGAACAACUGGAGCUAUUUUUGAGGUUUACGGAGUUUUGGAGUCUGCUGUUUCUACAAAUUCUCUAGGAAAUAGUAAAAGUUUUAUCCUCAAAGACAACACUGGGAGUAUGAGGUGCACCUUUUGGGAAAUGGAUCGAUCACUGCCAAGGUUAACAAGAGGAAKGAACUACAGAGUGGUUGGAAGUUUGGACAGAAGGACAAAGUCAUUCCAUUGUGUAAGUGUAAGACCUGCUAAUCCUGUUGAAGUACGAUUAGCUGAAACCAGCACUGCUUGCUCUGAAAUGGCCAUGCAAUUGUUCAUUGCAAGAUUUAAAGAAGAUUAAUGUAAGUUACAUUUGAGUGAAGUCGACGCUCACAAAAAUCAUGUUAUAAAAUAUUAUUUUAUUGUGUAUAAUCUAUUGUCAAGCCCAUUGAAGCUUCAAAAUUAUGGUUAUAAAAUGAUGUUUGAAGGAAAUUUGUACAUGUACAAUACAGAUAA